CAUACAAUGAAUAACACUAAUUUGAAGUGAACAUCAGCUAACUUUUGAUGAAUGCAUACACCUAUGGAAUCCUAAACUCUAACAAGAUGUAGAAUAUUACUAUCACUCUGGGAAGUUUUCCUGAGUCCCCCUUCCCCCAGAGGCAGCCCUUGUCCUGGUUUGUUUGUUUUUGCACCAUAGAUUAGUUUUGCCUGUUGUAAAACCUCAUAUAGUUGGUUCAUAUAUUGUGCACUCUUAAGGCUACUUUCAUAUAGCGUGAUGUUUUGAUAUGCAUUCAGAUUGUUGCUUGUAUCACUGAGUCAUUCCUUUUUUUAUCUGAAUAGUAAUCUUUUGUAUGAAUACAUCAUAGUUGGUUUACCCAUUCUGCUAUGGAUAUACAUCUGGGUUGUUUCCAGUUUUUGGUUAUUGUUCAUAAGCUGUUAUGAAUAUUCUUGGACAAGUCUUUUUGUGGGAAUAUGUUUUCAUUUUGGGAGGAUAAAUACCUAGAAGUGCAAUUGCUGAGUUAUAGGGGAGAGUACUAGACUUUUCCCUAAAUUGGGUGAACCAAUUUACGCCAAUAUAUAAAAGUAUCUUUUGUUUAACAUUCUCACCAGAUUUGGUGUUUCCAGUCUUAUCAGUUUUAGCCAUUAGUGUGGAUAUGCAGUGGUACUUCAUUGUGGUAGUUUAUUGAUGUUUUUAUCUUAUUUAUUUUUUAAGUAGUCACUAUGCCCAAUGGGGGACUCCAAAUUACAGCCCCAAGAUCAAGAGUUACAGGCUCUUCCAACUAAACCAGCCAGGUGCCCCCAUUGUGGUAGUUUAUUGUACUUUAAAUAGCAUUUUCUUAUAUCCUACCUUCCCUAUCUAAUCCCUGUCUACACAGCACUGCCCUCAGCUUUACCAGAACCGCCCCCCUCCCCAGCUUUUUCUGUAUUACUUUAACUUUGCCUUCAAUUUUUUUUUGCCAUUGCACUUUUAUCUAUAGGCCACUCUAGGAGAGAACUAUUUUAAAAUUGCUGAGCACUGUGGUAUCAAAUCAUCGAGUUUGGUAAAUAAAUACGCCUAUCAUAGGUCAGCAGGAAUGUUUUGCCUUCCUACUUGUUUGGUCUGCAGAUAUUUUUAGAGGGGAGAGGUGACAGGAUAACAUUUGUACAUAGACUUAUAUGCACAAGCUGUGCACAAAUGUAUAACACAAGUCAUUGUUCUUAUCCAUCAACUGUAGAUUAGCCCUAGUUCAACUCUCUUUUUAUAAUAAAUAUGAAAGGCAAGAUCCUAUUGGAAAUAUCCAGUGGCACUGAAGAAUUUGGAACCCAGAAUCUACUAUUGAAAUUUUUGACAAUUUGGUAGUUAAGUUCCUUUGAAUAAAUUAGUAGAGUAGCUUCCUGAGUUGUAAGUAUGGGAAAAUCACCCAAGGCACUACCACGCUUAAUUUUCUUUCAAAAAUAAAAUAGUUACGAAGACUUCUUAGGUGAUAAACUUUUUUCCCCCAUAUAGUAGUAAUUUGCAAUCUUGGCUGCUUGUUUGAACCAUCUGAGAGUGAGAAAUAGGGGAGCUUUUAAAAGCCUUAUUGCCCAGGCUCUACUCCAGAGCAAUUAAAUUACAGUAUCUGGGAUAGGACCCAGGCAUCAGUAUUUUGUAAAUUUCCCCAGGUGAUUCCAGUAUGCAGCUAAGAUUACAAAUCAGUGCUACAUGGGAACCCAUGAAAUAAAAUUUAGGGGCGUGUGUGUGUUUUCUUUCUGUGAAACUUCUAUGUUGCUUACUAACAAGGGUAUUACAGGUUUUUAGGUUGGGCUUUGCUGUUUACAAACUCUGUGACUUUGGGCAAGUUCCUUAGCCUAAUGUUUCUGUGAUGAUUAAAUGAAAUCAUAAUGAAAAGUUUUUAGUACAAUGCAGAGUACAAAGUGGAUCUUUAACAACUAUUGGUUUCCUUUUCUUUUAGAAACGGUAUAGGAAUAAAUGAGGAUUAUAAACUAUCAUUCCUUCUUUGUUAAAUUUAGUGCAGCCUUAUAUGUCAGGUGUUACUAACAACAAAGCCCUUACAUUCUAUCAUCAACAUAGAAGUUACCACAGGGCUCAAUGUACUGAAGUCCCUUAUCAGUGCAGAGAUAGACCUCAUACUCUAUAGUUAAAGCCAUCAACUGAGCAGUGGACACAGUUAUGUGAUAAAAUAUACCAAGAUUUAAAUAUGUUACAUGUGUUGAAGGAACCAUACACCACCUAAUCAGAGGGAUUUUCUUGAAUUUUUUUCUUUAAAACACGAUGUUUAAACUCUGUCCAAAAAAAAAGUCUGAACUCUUUAAAAGUAUUUUGCUCUUUUAAACAAACUUGGACUUCGGGGAAUAUUAAUGUCUGUUCUUGGAAGUUGUGGUAUACACUACAGUAUCUACAACUAUGCCUUGUAUAAAAUAUGUAGGCAUUCAUUGAAUACUUGCUGAAUGUUCUCAUCGGAACCAUAAGAAAUUACUAUUUUUCAUAUGCUUUGAAGUAAAGCAACAACAGAAGCUUACAAAUAGUUUGUUUCAUUUCCUAAAUUUAUGUGGUGCCAGUUUCUUUUUAAAGAGGAAAGUUUGUACAAUGAACUGUUCCCUAAUCUUUCUCGUGUGAAAUAUGAGGGCAGAGGUUGAGAUCACGACGUGCACAUAGGGAUGGAAAUAACUUAAGUGAAGGAAACGAGCGGGUGAGCACACAGUGGGCGGCAGGUCAUGAAUUCUGCCCACUCGCAGCUUUUGGCAGCUCUGGAAAGGCGGUCUAAGAAGUUCUUGGGAUUCUUGAGCUUAACAACCAUAAGCAAGGGGUGGAGUGCUUAAUCCUUUCGAGUGAAUGAUAAACACUGUGGAAGGCGUGUCUUCCAGCGUUCCACUCCCUUGGGGCUGUAGGUCACGUGAGCAGAAAGUACUUCCCUCUUCCCAGCCUUCGUCUCCCGUAGGCAGUGAUUUGAGUGCGAAAGGGGCACAGUAAGGAAGAGGUAGGUAAGGAAAGUAGAGUGGAGGGCAGUGUGAAUACAGAAAGAGCACGGGAUUUCUACGUGUAACAAUGCCACACUUUACCGUGACUAAGGUGGAGGACCCAGAGGAGGGGGCAGAAGCUUCGGUCUCCCAAGAGGGGGCGACCAGCUUAGCAGAAAUAAAAGCCCUGAUUCAGCAUUCAGAUGAACUAGACCCGAGUCAGAACUCCAUCACAGGGGAACACAGCCAGCUGUUAGAUGAUGGGCAUAAUAAGAAAGCUCGAAAUGCUUAUCUCAAUAAUUCCAAUUAUGAAGAAGGAGAUGAAUAUUUUGAUAAAAACCUGGCACUCUUUGAGGAAGAAAUGGACACAAGACCAAAGGUAUCUUCUCUCCUCAACCGUAUGGCCAAUUAUACUAAUCUGACACAAGGAGCGAAGGAACAUGAAGAGGCAGAGAACAUCACUGAGGGGAAAAAGAAGCCCACCAAGACCCCUCAAAUGGGUACUUUCAUGGGUGUCUACCUCCCCUGUCUACAAAAUAUUUUUGGAGUGAUCUUGUUUCUACGCCUUACAUGGGUUGUGGGCACAGCAGGCGUUCUUCAGGCCUUCGCAAUCGUCCUUAUCUGCUGCUGCUGUACAAUGUUGACUGCUAUCUCCAUGAGUGCCAUUGCCACUAAUGGAGUGGUGCCAGCUGGAGGCUCAUACUUUAUGAUUUCCCGGGCCCUGGGCCCAGAGUUUGGUGGGGCUGUUGGCCUCUGCUUUUAUCUUGGUACCACAUUUGCAGCAGCCAUGUAUAUCCUUGGUGCCAUUGAAAUUUUUCUGGUAUAUAUUGUCCCCCGAGCUGCCAUCUUUCGUAGCGAUGAUGCACUCAAGGAAUCAGCAGCCAUGCUAAAUAACAUGCGUGUCUAUGGCACCGCGUUCUUGGUUCUCAUGGUAUUGGUGGUAUUCAUCGGUGUGCGCUAUGUGAACAAGUUUGCCUCACUUUUCCUGGCCUGUGUCAUUGUGUCCAUCUUGGCCAUCUAUGCUGGAGCCAUCAAGUCUUCUUUUGCCCCUCCACACUUCCCGGUCUGCAUGCUGGGUAACCGCACCCUUUCAUCAAGACACAUUGAUAUUUGCUCUAAGACCAAGGAAAUUAACAACAUGACAGUACCAUCAAGGUUAUGGGGCUUCUUCUGUAACUCAAGUCAGUUUUUCAAUGGCACCUGUGAUGAAUACUUUGUUCACAAUAAUGUCACUUCAAUCCAGGGCAUUCCUGGAUUGGCUAGUGGUGUCAUUACAGAGAAUCUUUGGAGUAAUUACCUACCAAAGGGAGAGAUCAUUGAAAAGCCCUCAGCCAAAUCUUCUGAUGUCUUGGGCAGCUUAAACCAUGAGUAUGUCCUUGUUGACAUCACCACCUCUUUUACUCUUCUGGUGGGGAUCUUCUUUCCUUCUGUCACAGGUAUCAUGGCUGGAUCAAACAGAUCUGGAGAUCUGAAAGAUGCUCAAAAGUCUAUUCCCAUUGGCACUAUCCUCGCCAUCCUGACCACCUCGUUUGUCUAUUUAAGCAAUGUUGUCCUUUUUGGUGCCUGUAUUGAAGGUGUUGUUCUCAGAGACAAGUUUGGGGAUGCUGUGAAAGGUAAUCUGGUGGUGGGUACCUUAUCUUGGCCAUCCCCAUGGGUGAUUGUUAUUGGCUCCUUCUUCUCCACAUGUGGGGCUGGACUUCAGAGUCUCACAGGUGCACCAAGGCUGCUCCAGGCUAUAGCCAAGGAUAACAUCAUACCCUUUCUGAGGGUUUUUGGUCACAGCAAAGCCAAUGGGGAACCUACCUGGGCUUUACUUCUAACUGCCGCCAUUGCAGAGCUGGGAAUCCUUAUCGCCUCCCUGGAUCUUGUGGCCCCAAUUCUUUCUAUGUUUUUCCUCAUGUGUUACCUCUUUGUGAACUUGGCAUGUGCCUUGCAAACAUUACUUCGAACACCCAACUGGAGACCCCGGUUUCGCUACUACCACUGGGCCCUCUCUUUCAUGGGAAUGAGUAUCUGUCUGGCUCUGAUGUUCAUUUCUUCCUGGUAUUACGCUAUUGUAGCUAUGGUGAUAGCUGGUAUGAUCUACAAGUACAUCGAGUACCAAGGAGCGGAGAAAGAAUGGGGUGAUGGAAUCCGUGGGCUGUCCCUCAGUGCAGCCCGAUUUGCUUUGCUUCGGCUGGAGGAAGGACCUCCACACACUAAAAACUGGAGGCCUCAGUUGCUUGUAUUGCUGAAACUAGAUGAAGACUUACACGUCAAGCAUCCUCGCCUCCUCACCUUUGCUUCACAGCUUAAAGCAGGAAAGGGCCUCACUAUUGUGGGCUCUGUUAUCGUGGGGAACUUCCUGGAGAACUACGGGGAAGCUCUAGCUGCUGAGCAGACCAUAAAGCAUCUAAUGGAGGCAGAGAAGGUGAAAGGGUUCUGCCAGCUGGUGGUGGCGGCCAAGCUGAGAGAGGGCAUUUCCCACCUCAUCCAGUCAUGUGGCCUUGGGGGCAUGAAGCACAACACCGUGGUGAUGGGAUGGCCUAAUGGCUGGCGCCAGAGUGAAGAUGCUCGAGCUUGGAAGACUUUUAUUGGCACAGUUCGAGUGACAACUGCUGCCCAUCUGGCCCUGCUGGUGGCUAAAAACAUCUCCUUCUUUCCCAGCAACGUGGAGCAGUUUUCUGAGGGCAACAUUGAUGUGUGGUGGAUUGUGCAUGAUGGGGGGAUGCUCAUGCUCUUACCAUUCCUACUUAAACAGCACAAGGUGUGGCGAAAAUGCAGCAUACGGAUCUUCACAGUAGCCCAGUUAGAAGACAAUAGUAUUCAGAUGAAGAAGGACCUGGCCACCUUCCUCUAUCACCUGCGCAUUGAGGCAGAGGUGGAGGUGGUGGAGAUGCAUGACAGUGACAUUUCAGCUUAUACUUAUGAGCGCACCCUGAUGAUGGAGCAGAGAUCCCAGAUGCUCCGGCACAUGCGACUGUCCAAAACCGAGCGGGACAGAGAGGCACAGUUGGUGAAAGACCGGAACUCAAUGCUGCGAUUGACCAGCAUUGGCUCUGAUGAGGAUGAAGAGACAGAAACCUAUCAGGAGAAGGUGCACAUGACUUGGACAAAAGACAAGUACAUGGCAUCCCGGGGACAAAAGGCCAAGUCGAUGGAAGGAUUCCAGGACCUGCUUAACAUGCGUCCGGACCAGUCCAAUGUGAGGAGGAUGCAUACAGCAGUGAAACUCAAUGAGGUUAUAGUUAACAAGUCCCAUGAAGCAAAGCUUGUUUUGUUGAAUAUGCCAGGGCCACCUCGAAACCCUGAGGGUGAUGAAAACUACAUGGAGUUCCUAGAAGUGCUCACCGAGGGACUAGAGCGAGUCCUCCUUGUCCGAGGUGGUGGCAGUGAAGUGAUCACCAUUUAUUCAUAAUCUACUCCUGAGUGACUCUGCUUGGCCUCACCUUUCCUAAAAGGCUUCCAUCCUUCGUGGAAGUGCCAGCUCUUUACUACUACUCCCAUCAAGUAGGCCUGGGUUCUGUACACAUCACACUGAACUCUCGACAGGCUGAGCCUCAAGUACUUGUGCAAAAAAAGUACAAAUAGUUCUGCUCUUUGCUGUCAUAUAAUCUGCCAUCCUUACAGAAGAAGCAAAUAUUCCCUCAACAUUGGAACACUGGUCAAGUCCUAAAAGCCAUGUCUGUCCCAGUUGAAGUCAAGUUAGAAUUAACAAGCUAAACCAAUAAAAAUGAAUUGGCAAAAGGGAUGCUAGAAAUUCAACUGAAGACCGAAAGCAAGUACAGGUCCAACAUUAAAGGGAAGUCUCAGAAGUCAUGGUCCAGUGAUGACACCAUGGGGGUAACAGCCAGAGGACACAGCUUCAUCAUACUAAAGAAAUCCCAGCCAAGUAUAUGGGGACCUAACAUCCUUGUGGAGAUAACCUGUGGCAAACCAAGAUGAAAAUCUUUUUUUAGCUAAUUUUCUUUAAUGAAUCCACUGUUCUCCAGGACUCUGAUUUUCUGUUAGGGUACUAAUAUACAAAAACUGACACAUG